AUGUGGAGAAGAAGUUCCUUCUUGUUUACUAAAAGACCCUUUUCUUCAGAACCAGAGAUCCCAAGCCUUUAUUCAUUCCUCCAACCAUCAAUUUUUGCUCUAAAAAGACCCACAAAAUCCCAAGAAUCCUUACAAAAAAUCCAAGAAAAUCCGGCCCCAAAAUCCCUUACCCAAUCCCAGAAGUCCAACUAUGAAACCACCCUCCAAGAAUCCCUGUUUAACCGCAACACAGAUGAGGCAUGGAAGUCAUUCAAGACUCUCACCAAUUGUUCUUCUUUCCCCAGUAAGCCCCUUACCAAUUCUUUAAUCACCCAUUUGUGCUCAUUCUCUGAUACUCAUAAUCUCAAGAGAGCAUAUGCGUCAGUAGUUUUUGUGCUUGAGAAGAGUCCAAAUUUGUUGGAGUAUGAGACUGUGAAGGCCCUUUUGGAUUCUAUGAGGAUUGCCAACACUGGUGCUCCUGCUUUUGCAUUAGUCAACUGCAUGCUAAAGAACAGGUUUUUCAUGCCGUUUGGAAUGUGGGGUAAUGUUUUAGUUGACAUUUGUCGAAAAAAUAGUAGAUUUAUUGGUUUUCUGGACGUUUUUAAUGAGUGUUGUAGGAUAGCCGUGGAUGAGAAGUUGGAUUUUAUGAAGCCUGAUUUGGUUUUGUGUAAUGCUGCAUUGGAGUGUUGUUGUCAUGAGCUUGAAUCAGUUAGUGAUGCUGAAAAGGUUAUUGACACAAUGUCUGUUUUGGGCACUAGGCCUGAUGAAUUUAGUUUUGGGUUACUUGCUUAUUUGUAUGCCACUAAGGGGCUUGAGGAGAAGAUACUCGAGUUAAAAGGAUUAAUCAGUAGGUUUGGUUUUUCUGAUAAAAGGGUUUUUCUUCAGAAUCUGAUUAGCGGGUAUCUGAAAUCUGGUAAUUUGGAAUCUGUUUCGGUUACAAUUCUGAGUGCUUUGAAAGAGGGAGAAGCACAAGAUUUGAAGUUUAGUGAAGAAACAUAUAAUGAGGUGGUCAAAGUAUUUCUCAAAAAUGGGAGCAUCAAGGAUUUGGCAAAUUUGAUUAUUGAGGCCCAAAAGUUAGAAUCUUCAUCCAUUUCAGUAGAAAGAUCAAUAGGAUACGCUAUUAUUGAUGCUUGUGUUAGUCUCGGAUUAUUGGACAAGGCACAUAACGUGCUUGAUGAAAUGAAUGCUCAAGGGGCUUCUGUUGGAAUUGGGGUCUAUGCGUCCAUCUUGAAAGCUUACGGCAAAGAACAAAGAACAGCUGAAGCUUCUCAAUUGGUUACGGAAAUUACUAGUUUGGGGCUUCAGUUGGAUGUUGGUAGCUAUGAAGCUCUUAUAGAAGCAUCCAUGUCAUGCCAAGAUUUUCAGUCAGCAUUUUCUCUGUUUAGAGACAUGAGAGAAUCAAGAAUACGUGACUUGAAAGGCAGUUAUCUGACGAUAAUGACAGGUUUAACAGAAAACCAUCGACCUGAGCUCAUGGCAGCAUUCUUGGACGAGGUUGUUGAGGACCCCCGAGCUGAGGUGGGUACCCAUGAUUGGAAUUCGAUUAUUCAUGCCUUCUGUAAGGCUGGGCGGUUGGAAGAUGCAAGAAGGACUUUCAGGAGGAUGAUUUUCCUGCAGUUUGAACCGAAUGAGCAGACAUAUCUAUCCCUCAUUAAUGGAUAUGUGGCUGCAGCGAAAUACUUCAGCGUGUUGAUGCUGUGGAACGAGGUGAAGAGGAAGGUUUCAAUUGAAGGAGAGAAGAGAUUCGAAUUGGAUACUAGCUUGGUUGAUGCUUUCCUCUAUGCUUUGGUUAAGGGUGGGUUCUUUGAUGCUGUCAUGCAAGUUGUCGAGAAAUCUCAAGAGAUGAAAAUAUUUGUUGAUAAGUGGAGGUACAAACAAGCAUUCAUGGAGACACAUAAGAAGCUGAAAGUGUCAAAGUUGAGGAAGAGAAACUUUAGGAAAAUGGAAGCAUUGGUUGCCUUUAAAAACUGGGCUGGUUUGACUGGUUGA